AGCAUUCACACAAAAAUUAGAAACGCGUGCAGUUGACAAUGCGCAUCCGUCGCCUACGAUGGGCACAAGUAUACUGAAGAACAGAAUGAAGAACGUCCGCGUUUAUCAUUGCGGCGCCUUCGGCUCUUGUCAAACGAUGUGUGUGUAACAUCCGAUUAAAUAAUAUUUACAUAAUUGGACACGUUUGGUUAAAGAAUAUUUCGGUGCAAAGAUGAUAAUUAAAUGCAUCGCGAUCGCGAAAUAUGUUUGAGUGAUAUGAAAUUGGAAAUUCCAUGACUAACAAUCUGACAGUCAUCUGCAGUAGUAACGAAGAUAAUUACAUCUAAUUGUUGUUAUCAUUCACACUUUUUCCAGAAUUUUUCUCAACAUGGCAUUAAUAACAAGACUUACGUGAGCGCUCGAGACUUUAAGUACAAGAACGUGAUAAAAUGUCUCUUUGCAGAAGCUAUGAUGAACCUUACAAGAUCCUUAUUACUCAUUGCGCCGGCAAUGAGUAAUAAGGAUCUUAAUAUGUGAAGUGUACCUUUAUCGGGAAUCAUCAUUUUAUCCGAAUAUCCAUUUCUAUUUGUAUUUUAUAUUCAGUCUAUGUCUGUCUCUAUUAUUUUUGGAUUCUCAUAUAAUAUUAUAUAUAUAUAUAUACGUUCUAACUCUAUAAUUUUAACUCUAAUAAUUGUAUUCCAGAGUAAUGUAUUAUCAAGUAAUGCAUCGUCGCGAGCAGGAAGUUCGCAAUUCCGUGUUUCUCUCUGCGACAAGCAGAACUACGAAUUGCAGAAAAAUCGUGCAGAUGGUUCUUGCACAUUUUCGUGCAUUCCGAAACACGUCGAACGAAGACCUCGACCUCGACAUGGUCGCAGAGAUAUCUCGUCAAGUUAGCGAGCAUCGGUAACCAAAGCGAGCAAAGAUUCGUCACCGAUCAAAUACGAGCGUGGCGUUGCCGUCGCCGUCGCCGUCGCCUGUGGACCUGCUAUGGACCACAAGGGAGAAGUAAACAAAAGAUUUGAUGCGCGCGUUUCACUCGGGCGGGUCUGCUCCGAGUGAACUACUUCGAUCGAUGAUCUAUCAUUCAGCCGUUCGUGUGAAAGGCGGGAACAUAUUCAGAGGCGUCACGGUAUAUCUCUAAGUUAUCGAUAACGAGAUUUCUCCUAAUGAUUAGAAGAAAUUAGAUGAUUAGAAGAUGACGAAGAUUGAAAUAUCUUCGUCAAUAGAUGAUGACACAUUAACACAGGAUGAUGCUGAUCUCACAAACAUGAAGCUGUAUAUGAAUGUUAACGUGAAGAAUUUAAAAACCAACAGAAGAGAUGUUUUGUUAAUUAGUUGUAUAAAUGUUCUCCUUCUCAUAAUCUGCUUCAUGAUAUUCAGAAUAAUUUCGAUUACGACAGCACAAAAUGAAGAAAACACAAUACGAAUUUACCGAACGUCGGAAGAAGUACAUCGAAAUUUAUACGGAAAAAUAAAAGAUUUAGAAGUACGGAUAAAUAAUAUUAUGUCGAGGCUCAAAUACAGUAAUCAAAAUAUAAAUAGCGCUCGUCCAUGGCGUAUCCCGUCAACAGAUUAUUCAAAGACUACCAUUCGCGAGUUCGCUAAUCUAUCGAAAAUAAAAAAUGAUCGCGAUUCCAACACUGCCUUGAUGAUGAUCUUUGAUAUGGAUAAUUCGACGAUUCCAUCUGCUUCCGUUCAAUCACUGGCCACACUGGAUCGUCAAAAUCAUGUAGUUGAAAAAAAUAGCAGUAUUUUAAAUAUCAUCAACUCGAUUUCGUCGAUAAGAUCAGAGGACAAUUUGAUUACCGAGCCUAAGAUGAAAAACUUGUCACGUGAAAAGAGGGCUAUAUUGAAAAUUGAAGCGCAAAAUCACACGAUGACGGAAAAUGAGCGAAGCGGUAAUGAUACAAUGGAUAUAUCAAGGGAAUCACGAGCGAGAAAAUUACGGAGAGAUGAAGGAAGAGGUAAAAAACGGCGACUAAACAGAAGAAGGCCCAAACGCAGUCGCAGGCGAUUGGACCCGGCAGUGGUUACGUUUGUUGGUGCAAUACCGGAACAAGAGUUUAAAAAUACAGUUUAUAUAGGACCAUGGAUCAAAAGUAGCAGGAGCAACGGUGUAUAUGAUCUCACCAAGUUCUAUUUGGCAGAGGAAAAUUAUUCGAUUGAAGCUACCAUAAGUGGUUUAUAUAUGAUCUCUGUACAGAUUUUUUAUUUUGGAAAAUCGAUAAAUCAUUCUUAUUGGGUGUUGUUAAAUUCUGAGGGUUCGUCAAUGAAACAAAAGCUCAUUACAUGUGCCAUCGCUUCUGUUAGUACAGCAGCGGAAGUAUCAUGUUAUACGAGUAUAACUACAUAUCUACAGAAAGGUGACAGAUUAUCUAUACAACAACAGGAGAGAAAUAGAUUGGUUAAUAUGCGAGAGGGAUAUAGUCAGGUCCAACUUGUGCUACUUGCCAAUGAUAAGCACAGAAGAGGGCUAAGAGAUAACGUAAAUAAAUAUUUACAAGUAUAGAUAUAAAUGUAUGUUAAGUUGACACACCAAUAUAUCAACAACUGUUUUGGUUAUAAUAUUGCAUUUGUAACAUCGCAACUGUGAUAUUGUAACUUCUAACGAUCAUAAAUCGAAGGUUGUGAUUAAAAUAACUAAAAUCAAAGAACUUAAAUUUACAAGGGAUAAUGAAUGGCAACUUAAGUUUUGUGAUUUUUAAGAUAUGUCUGUAAGAUACAUAUGAUAUCGUAAUGUUGCUACUGUUGUUUGCUAAUGUUAGUACUGGAAAUCUAUAAUAUAUGUUACAUGAAUUAUAGAUUUUCAGUACUGGCAGUGAAUUUUGAAACACAGCCUAUAUUUAACAAAGUAUAUAACCUACCAAUGAAGGUUACACAAUAGUGUAACUCUUACCUAUUCAUAUAAUAUCCGAAAGCCAUAGACAUAAGAAUAUAAUAAAGGCAAGAGCAAGAUAUGUAUGUACCUCUUUAAAAGAGUAUGAAUUGCAAGAUUUGAGUCAAUCAUACUGAUAAUAAAUUAUAAUUAAUUUCUCAGGUUUUAUUCCAUAGAUAUUUUCUUUUUUAACAUUUGUUGACAAUUAUUUUAAAUGAUUGUCUGCUAUUUAGUUACCAAAACAUAAAAAAUACAAUCAAUACUUGUAAUCUAAUGACACUUUAUUAAUUUGUUUUUUUAUAGAUUUUCUAUAAUGUGUAGUACAUUUAUAUUCGACAUAUACAUAUCUUUAUCUAAGGAAGGUUCCCUUAUGCGAAAGAAUAAUAUGCAACUUUUACUCCUGAGGAAUCAAAUCGAUUAAAGAUGUGAUGUUAGUAUUAUGGAUAAUUGGUAGAGAAUUAGUUAUAAAGACUCGCAAAUUGCUCAGUUUGAAGAAUGACGUUGCUUUCAUCCAGGAAGUACAGUACCGAGAUGGCCGAGAGCUUAGUGGGCGCACAGCAGGGCUUGGGCACUUUGCCCGGGCUCA